AUGACGGGGGGUGGUGACGAGGACGACGACGCGAGGGCCCUGCGCACACUCGGACAAGCCCCCUCUGCGUUAGAGAUCAAGAACCAGAGAAAAAGUCCUCAGGUCAGACCCUCCGACGCUCAAGUCAGUGACAAGAAUGCUGCUCCAUUCAGGAACUAUGGAUCAUCCAUGAAUUCUCUGUCCUUUGGAUUUCUUGCCACUGCAAUCUUGAUUUUGAUGUUCCUCUUCAUGGCAAUCUUUGAGCACCUGUUCAGAUCAAGGGCCUCCCACACGUCAUCUCCCCUCGACGAUGCCAUCAGAGUGCGACAAGAGAUCAAUGCUUCUUUGCUUUUAGCAAUUCAUUUCAUGAAACAAGUUGUUGCAGGAAUGUUGAUGCCAGGGCAGCUAUAUCCAACAUACCUUGCUCAACCAGCUCCUCUGCCAUGCCCAAGGGAAGGAGUCCAUUGGCCUUCUCAUCAUCAGCCUUCCUUUGAUUUUCCUUAG